CAUGGGGCAGAAUCUUUCCACCCCUCCACUCCAAAAACCCAAUCAGGCGAGUGGCCGUAAUCUGACUCCUAGCACACAGGGAGCCGCAGGGCAGGCAAUGAGUGCUGCACUCUGGCCAGGGAAGGCAUGAGUGAUAGACCCGCAGCGAGGCGGUGGGGCAGCAAAACAAAUUGUGUCAAUAAUCUGCAGUCAGUGUGAACGCACAAGAGCACACUGAUGACAGUAACGGGGGCCUGGAGAGACGCUGGGCUGAGCCUGCGGAGGCCAAAGUGUGGACCCUUGUGUACCAGAGAGAACAUCAUGGUGGCUUUCAAAGGAGUCUGGACUCAAGCGUUCUGGAAGGCUGUCACUGCAGAAUUUCUGGCCAUGCUUAUCUUUGUCCUGCUUAGCCUGGGGUCCACCAUCAACUGGGGUGGAGUGGAUAAGCCCUUACCUGUCGACAUGGUUCUCAUCUCUCUCUGCUUUGGACUCAGCAUUGCCACUAUGGUGCAGUGCUUCGGCCACAUCAGUGGCGGCCACAUCAACCCCGCCGUGACAGUGGCCAUGCUGUGCACGCGGAAGAUCAGCAUUGCCAAGUCUGUCUUCUACAUCGCGGCCCAGUGCCUGGGGGCCAUCAUAGGAGCUGGGAUACUCUACCUGGUCACACCCCCCAGUGUGGUGGGAGGCUUGGGAGUCACCACGGUUCAUGGAAAUCUUACUGCCGGUCAUGGUCUCCUGGUAGAGCUGAUAAUCACGUUUCAGUUGGUGUUUACUAUUUUUGCCAGCUGUGAUUCCAAGCGGACUGAUGUCACUGGCUCCAUAGCUUUAGCAAUUGGAUUUUCAGUUGCAAUUGGACAUUUAUUUGCAAUCAAUUAUACUGGUGCCAGCAUGAAUCCAGCCAGAUCCUUUGGACCUGCAGUUAUCAUGGGAAACUGGGAGAACCACUGGAUAUACUGGGUCGGACCCAUCAUAGGAGCUGUCCUCGCUGGUGGCCUUUAUGAGUACGUCUUCUGUCCAGAUGUUGAACUGAAACGUCGGCUUAAAGAAGCUUUCAGCAAAGCUGCCCAACAAACCAAAGGGAGUUACAUGGAGGUGGAGGACAACAGGAGCCAGGUGGAAACCGAGGACUUAAUUCUGAAACCUGGAGUGGUGCAUGUGAUCGACAUUGACCGGGGUGAGGAGAAGAAAGGGAAAGACCCAUCCGGAGAGGUGUUGUCUUCGGUAUGACUAGAGGAUAGCACUGAGAGCAGACGAGAUUCCUUAGAACAGUCCUCAGAUUUCCUGCCACCCAUUAAGGAAACAGAUUUGUUAUAAGUUAGACACACACAGGUUUACCAUUUCUCCUACUAUUCUGUCUAAGCAAUCCAUAUUUCUCUCUUACCAAGGAGGAAAGAAAGAAACCCAUUGUGAAUUUCAAAUCUAAAACAGACUUCUUGUUAAACUAUCCCCAAAGCAAAUAUAAACGUAGUCUAUCUACUUUCCUUUUAUUGAUGACCAAUUUGAAAGAUGUGUUAAGAUUUGAUUAAGUCUUGUCCUACCAAACAUAGAGACAAAUCUUUCAGUUUAUUCUCCUCUGUGAGGAACUGGGUGUCACAGAUGAUACUGGUAUUUGAAUAUGUGUUCCAUUGAGUCAAGCUUAACAAUGACAAAAUGCAGUAUGCCGCAGGUCGUGCACCUUCAAAAGAAGAACUAGUAAGUCCUCUCAUAACCAAUCCCUUCCUUAGAGACUACCUCUGCAAAAGAAUAUGCGCUAUGGUCAUCUUUCAUCUUUCAUCAUCAACUGUUUCCAUAUUUGUCAAAUAUCCAACUUUCAACCCCAACUCCAAUUUAUUAUGAUUCUGUUUCUUCCUUGAUAUGCAAGAUAAUAUGGGCUAAAGUCCAGAAAAUUGGUAACUAUAUUUAUUAGUUCCUCCUCCUAAAAAGACAUCUAAAUCACUAGGGAUACCUACUAAGAUUCAAGACAAAUACACAGGAAAUUUUAUAAUGGGUGGGAGAAAAGUUACCAUCAAGCAAAAAGCACAAGAAAAAGGGAAUUCUGUAUCUGGCAUCAAAUGGCCGCUCUGUUUUCAGUGCAUAUCCUCAAAUGCAUCACACAAAGUUAACAGACUAAGCUUUUAACCAUGUAACCACUUUGCAUUUUUUUUAAUUUAUUGGCAAAGCUGGGGGAUUUGUGCACCUGUAACUUUCGUUAUCUAUACUGAAACAUUAGGUGAGACUUCAUUUUUGCAGUCAGAACUUCUACUUGAUUAAAGACUUUGUUGGCCUUUAAGCCCUGCUCGCUCUAGAAGGUGCAAUCGUGUUCUGCAGAGUCCCCACCUGCACUGCUCUCUGGCUUUUUUGACAUUUGUUGAUCUUUACUACAAAUGUAAUGGUAUUUGAGCAAACUGAAAUGUGUGACAGACAAGGCAAGCUAUGGUUGAGGCAUAAAAGGGAGAUGACAUCCACUCUUUUCAAACCUGUUUAAAAAGAUAUUGUAUGUGACGCAGCCUGAUUUUGAAGUGUUUUGUUACCCUGGUAUAUUUGUUAAAGUAGCUUGUGCUCUCUGCACUGCUUUGCCUUUUGUCAGCAGAAUGUUCUGGAAACCCCCAGUUUCUAUCUGUCCUAACUGUCUAGUCUGGCCUUUAUCUUAGACAAAGAGCUGCUGCAAAUGUCAAUUUGCAGGACAAAAGCUAGUAGUCGGAAAAAGUGAAUCCCCAGCAUUGCAAGGAGCAGACAUGUCACUAGCUGGUCAUCAAAGGCUUUCUUCUCCCCGGCACAUUUCCCGCUGUGUGUCACUUCUUAGUGGUGUUGGCAGUUGUGUGUGUGCGGCAGCAAGAUAAAGGACCAUUAUUAAACCUGAUUCUCUUCGGUGCUAGGAGAGGAACGGUGUGCGCGAGUGCGCGGAUCUUGGGCUCGCCACACCAGGGUCACUGGGGUCUUCACGUAUUUUAUGGCAGGUGCCUACAGCCUGGGCCCUGCGUCACCGGUGCAUCCACGGCGCUGCUGCACAGUGACGCGGGCCGCUUCCUGAGGGACGGCGUCUGUAGAAACUACGGGGCGAACCUGCUGGGGUGGUUUGUGGCCUUUAUUUCAAAUAUUUGCACAAUGUUCCACUAAACGCUUGAGAUCGAGGGAUGCUUCAGUUCAAAAAGUGACAAGGGCCCUCAGCAAGCUUGUCAGUUCAAAGCUAAGCUUAGCGAAAAGGCAAGCGUUCAACACAUUUCUGAGCAUACAGGCUUAGCCUCAUCUUCGUUCUGUUGUGUGGUUCACUUCAUGUGCACUCACUUUUACAUUCACUUCCAAUGAUAGCAGUCAAUAAAUCAAAGGUUUUUUAAAAGUGAACAAUGCUGUAGCUUGUUUCUCAGCACCCAGCAGAGUGCUGGGCACAUAGUAGGUAUUCCAAGCAAAUGUGUUAGUAAAAACAUAGAAAUCUCAUUUGGGAUUUAAAAAUAGAAAUAAUGUUUUAAUUCUUAUUUUGUUCAACAUUUGAUAAAAGGCAUGAUUUGCAAGUACCAUUAAAGGGAGGCAUUAAAUGUAAAAAUCAUAAAACAUAUUUUUGCAUUUGACUCUUUUGGGGGCAUGGAGUGGAUGGAAGCUUCAGCACUCUUUUCUUUCUGCGUAAGAGACAACACAUUUUGUAUUUCACUCAAGGCUCUGCCAGUAAAAAGUAAUGAAAUUGUACCUUUCUAAUGACAUCUAUGCAGCAGGGGUCUAUUGCCUGGUGGAUGGCACCAAAUUAUCCAAGUGUAUUAGGAGACCAGGGCUUUUUUCUUUAAUCCUUUCUUAUUAAUGAAGUGCAUAGUGCUGCUCCCAGGAGACGGCAGCAGACGGAUACACAGAGAAGAGAUCAGAGAGGAAAAACCAGGAAGACAUAAAUGAAUUACGCCCAGUCGUAGAACAAUGCCAACUGGCUCUUCCCACAGAAAGAGUGCGCAAACACCCCAAAAUUGCGGGGUGGCCCCUCCUCUGAAGAUGCAUGUGGUCAAAAUAGUACACGAGGGAAAGAAUCAAUUUUUAAGUUUAAACAAAGGAUUUUAGGGCUCAGGCAAGCACAGGGACCGAGGUUCAGUCCCCAGCACCCCAUGCUGCUCCGGCUCUGCUCUUGUGUGCACCGAGCCAGCCUCUGAGACUGGGCGUGGAGGCGCAUGCCUGUAAUCCCAGUGCUGAGGAGGCUGAAAGUGAGCGUCAGUAGGAGUCGGAGCUGUGUAGUGAGACCCUGUACCAAAUACAUUUUUUUAAAAAAAUCAUAGAAUGUAGACCCUUAAUUUUCCAGGAAGCCUCACCUUUUUAUACUGGAAGAAAAUAUUUUCUGGGGGCCGGGGAGAUGGCUCAGUGGAAUAAACACUUCCCUGACAAGCGCAAGGG